CCUAAAAAUCAGCACCGCCCUGUUGAAAAUGUUACCGUUUUGUUUAAUUUUAACUUUUUCUUUGGUUUUUCUGAAGAAGUGCCCGGAAACCGCACAGAUUUCAUCCGAUGUAAAGUCACACAUAAAGGUAUUGAUUACAUGGGCACCCAUGGUAAAACAGAAGGUAAUAUUCGUUGUCAAUCAUGGGCGACGAAGAAUCCCGUCCAUCCUGUUCACGACAGCUAUACAGAUGAGAAAUUCCCAGAGUUUUCCAAAGAAAAAGCAAAGAAUUACUGCAGGAAUCCAAGCCGUGACCCAAACGGUCCCUGGUGCUACACAAUGGACCCCCAACUGAUUGAUGACACCUGUGCGAUACCAUUAUGUAGUUUAGAUGUGUGUAGAUUAACUGGUCCAGGAAUGGAAUAUGGCGGAGUGCAUAAUUCCGCAGCGUCUACUCUAAAAUGUUUAAAAUGGGAUAAGCGUAAAAAAGUGAGGUUACGUGGUAAUAUCACCACAAUUGAAAAGUCCAAAAGUAGAUUUCCUGAAGAGAAUCUAGACGCCGCGAAGAAAUUCUGUCGUAAUCCGGAUGGAGAUUUAGCUGGACCAUGGUGUUUCGUAGAAGUGGCUGAUUCAUCAGAGGUUAUAAAGGAAUAUUGUGAUAUACAGUUCUGUGACGAUCAAGACUGCAUGGUUUUUACAAGGAAUCAUUCAUUUUAUGGACAUUAUCUUGCAUUCCCCAAAGGUUUGACCAAUUUUUCUUUCGGGGUUAAACUGUGGGAUCCUGAUUCGUAUUUAGAUGCAAAAGCUACGCUUGUGUUGUCAUUAUUACCACUGCCAUUGAGUGGUCAGGAGAUUGAUCAUGCUGGUGUUGGUAUUGAGAUAUCCAUGUCAAAUACAAAAACCGCGUUGACUUUUGGUAACAAAGACGAACCGGAAUAUGAAGUGACACAUGGUAUUCUUAAAUCUACAGAGUAUACCUUCUUUACAUUGAAUUGGGACCGUGGGUUUAUCACACUGAACAAAAAUGGCGACUUUAAACCUAUAUUUUUACAAGAAAUUAAAACCAGUGGAAAUUUAAUGGGGGCUAUGAAACAACAAUUUCGAUAUUAUUCUGGACAAGGGAACAAUAUAAUGUGGAGUUUUCCAUUUUGUGAUGAUGACGAUGAAUGUGACGUGCACACCACAACAUCUUCUGUGUUUACCAAUUUUUACCCCCUGUAUGAUACAGAUGUAGGCCACGAAUUGAAAUUUCAUGUUAGGGCAACCCAUUCUGCAAAUCUAAUACUGGUAUCAUCUCCUGUCUUAGAUUACCCCAAUAUAAAAAUUCUACUUGGUCAACCUGAUGGUUUUACCAGAAUUACCACAACACCCUAUAUCAAGGGACCUACUCUAACUCUAGUUGAAACUAAAUUUAGUGAAUUAAUUUCCUACUGGAAAUUCUCCGAGUUUUCAAUAAAUAUUUUCUCGGAUACUUUGAGUUUCUACUGGAACAAAGACGUUGGUAACUUUUUGAUAAUGGAAGCCUCCCACACGGCUGUAAAAUCAAUGAGGUGGUUCUCACCGGGAUCUGAUAACAACGUUGCUCAUUGGACUUUCAAUUGUAAACCGCCACGAUUUGCACAUGCGAAUCCAGCGUUUUUACCUGAAUGUGCCCUGGAUAAAAAAGAGUCUUUUUAUAUCGGUACCCAGCGGAUAACAGGUGAAGGUAAUCCCUGUUUACCAUGGUCAUCUAAAAAAUGGAUACCUGAUGAGGUAACCACUAAAAUCCCAAAGAAAACUUUGCUAGAAAUGCGUAACUUUUGUCGAGAUCCUUUGGAAAAUAAAAUUGGUACCUAUUGUUAUACAUUCGUACCAGAUCGUAGUAAAGUAGAGAAGAAAUAUUGUAAGAUUCGUAAGUGUAAAUCCGCAGAAUGCCGCAUGGCUGGCACCGGAAAUGACUUCAUUGGAAAGGUUAACGUUACCAGGUCAAAUCGCACGUGUCAGUUUUGGAUAGCAGGUAUUCCCGAGGAGUUAAUUCCACGAUAUGAUAUGCGCGGGAACAGUACUACCCGAAAACGUGACACUGAUGAGUUGGUUUUACCAAAUUCAGGACCAAUAGUAAAGAAUAUUUCAGAAGCUGUGAAUGAAUACAUUAAUGAAACAGAGCAGGAAAGGAAAAGUGUCAAAAUUGUAAAAGUGCAUAAUGUGGAUUUAAAUCUAUUGAAUGGGACAUUAUAUGCUGACAUGGCUCCUGAAAGAGCUGAAAACUUUUGUAGAAACCCUUCUAGAAGUAUAACAGGUGCUUGGUGUUACACUUUGGAUCCCAAGGUGAUAUUAGAUGCUUGUCAUGUCCCUGAUUGUGACCGCAAUGAAGAAUGUACGAUAUUCUUAGUGGGAAACGGAAGUGGACGUCGUGUUUUCAUCCUACCACAAUGGCGGGAAGCGGGACAUCAUGGCGGCAUACGUUUUUCACUAAAACAAUGGAAUCCUGACAAUGUGGAAGGAAUUCGUUUUGAAAUAACAUCAAAGAAUAAUUUAAACAUAACCUUGAAUAUCGGUGCAGAAAAUAACCAGAAAGUGAAUUUGUACAAGGAUGGUAAACAAAUCUUAGAAAAAACAAUGCCAUAUAUAAUCCCAGCUGGUAAAUGGGUUUCUUUUUGGUUACAAAUGCGUCAGGGUGAGAUUUUAUUAGGAUUUGAAGGUGUCCGUGACACUUUAAUAGAAUGGAUCGCCGAGGACCCAUCCAAGGAACCAAAUCCGAUAUUUCUCAACUUUCAAUCUAUAACUGGUCAUCCCAUAGGAAUGUUUGUAACGUGUGAUGAAUGUCACGCAGAGAAUACAACCUCUUCACAUUUUGGUAAAGUUAUGCCCAUUAAUAUAUGGACCACCAAUGAUCAAAUAGUUUUUAAUAAUUUAACUCUUCAAAUACGUGGUGUGGGUCACAUAAAAAUCAGGUUGAUGCAUGUCCCUGGGUCAUUACACAGUCAUUUGAUAGAACUUCAUAAAUCUGGGAAGAAUAUCACGUUAACUAAGCGAAUAAAAAACCUUCAGGUAUUGGUCCAUCAUGUGGUACCAAAAGAAUUGGUCAUGAAACCGGAUGCGUGGACUUGUAUGAACAUAACCUUCUCAGAAGAGCAUUUAAACAUUAGUUUUAACGGAAGUGAAGUGUUUUCUUAUCGAAGUAAAAUCCCGAUGUUGUUUUACUACUUUGGUAUUGCUGUUGAUGGUGGUAGUUGGUUAACCUGGAUGGCAAACUGUGAUCCCUUGGAUAUUGAUGGUCCACCUAAAGAUGGCGGAUGGUCCGUGUGGUCCCCCUGGCAGUGUAGUGUAACCUGUGGGGGUGGCGAUGGAUACAAAACACGAACUUGUAAUAAUCCAAGACCAAAUAUCUUUGGACAACUCUGUCAUGGUGAGCAUACUUCCACAGGAAAAUGUAAUGAAUUUGAAUGUGGAGAUUUAAGUCCGGAUACGUUUGAUUUAAUUCGGGAGAAUCUCCAGAAAUCUUCAACGAGUAUUAUUGCAAAGGAACAUCAAUCUGUGACAAUUACAAAUGAUGCUGACGUGCUUUCCGCCAUCAAUACAGAAUCUCCUGAUGCUUUCUACGAGUGGACUUUUAAUGGUCACUUUCUACCUCCUGAAACUGGACGGUUAUACUUUCAAGGAGAUGAUGUUAUCAUCAAAGAUGCUACGCAUAAUGAUUCUGGUGUUUACAUGUGUCUAUUGUUCAGGAUUAAUAAACAGAAAGUCGUCAUCAGAGUGGUGACACUUGCUGUGACCAUUAAUCGGAAUACAAUUGUUACCAGAGCGACGUUACCAAUGAUUUUGGACUGUAAAUCUGUAACUCUAGGCUAUGUAUACUCGGACUUGACUCAAAAAUGGCUCCUGAACAAUUCAGACUAUAUAGAUUAUGGAGUAACAACCCUGGCUGCAGUUAGUACUGAACAUAUCGAGAAAACAAAUCGAUCUUUAACAGGACUCUGGAAAUGCGUUGUUGAACAACCAGAUUUGAAGUUGUUGUGGACAACUAAUAUAGAAUUAGUAAAAAUUAAACGAGCGCCUAAUAUUUACACGCAUUUGAAGGAAGACCCUUUAACUAGACCUAUUUUUGGGAAGAUGCCGAAUGAUGCUGCUAUUGUUACAGUUAUAAUUUGUUUUAUUUUGUUGGUGAUUGGAGUUGUAGCAUUUUCGUUGUAUGCAUAUUUGAAAUGGGGAACAUUACCAACGCAAGUGAGUAAAAAGCAAAAGAAGAGAAAGAAAAAACGUAAUAGAAGAUAAUAUUGCAUACUUUAUUAACUUAGAAUUUCAUAUAAAUAAAUAAAAAGUAAAUAAAAUC